GCACAGGGGCAGUGGAAAUAAAGAGAGAGCGAGUUAACGGGAAUCUAUGAAGUGGCAUGUCACAACACCGCACUUUUUCCUGCCUCUUUUUCUUCACGAUGCACUUUGGGAUUUCAAUAAGAUGCGUGUGUGUUUCCCGAUAAGCAGCUUUCUCCUCGCCGUCAACGUUUACUGCCAGCUGCUGCGAGCUCAGGAUCCUUCCUGCUGCCAAUAUGCUGUGGAGACAUCACCCUGCAAAGAAGCCUGUGACCAGCUUGCGACCAUCAAGAGUGAGUCACGCCUAAAACAUUUCCUCCAGAGGUUACCCAGUUACUGUCCUGAGUCUGCGAAUGAGCUUUGGAUGUGCAUCAACUCUACACUCCCAGGUGUUUCUAAGAAGUCAGAUGGUUGGGUUGGGCUCGGUUGCUGUGAGCUGGCCAUUGCAGGCGAGUGUCGUAGAGAAUGCAAACAGGCAUCAUCUAAAAAUGACAUAACAAAUGUAUGCAAAAAGGUCACAGAGAACUCCCUUUACAGCUGCAUCACCAAAAAUGAAAUGGGUUCAUCAUGCUGCAGCUUUGUGGGCCGUCACACCAACUGCAGGGAGUUCUGUGAUGCCAUAUUCAGGACGGACUCAACCCCAACCGAGUCCCAGAUCAAGACAGUCAAAGACUUCUGCAAGAGUCACAGCCCUAAGCUGGUCGAAUGUGUCAACAACUUCACAGAGUCCUACCCUGCUCGGAGCCCAAUAGACAGUUUGUACUGCUGUGACCGGGCCGAAGCCCCCAUUUGCCAGGCGGCUUGUAGGUAUCUCCUUCGCACCAUGAAUACUGACCAAGAGAUCAUGGAGGGUUUGAUUAAACAGUGUGGAACCCAGCCACUCCCUCAGGACCCAAUGUGGCAGUGUUUUUUAAGCAGAGCUCACCCUCCUUCCCCACCUGAGGAUGAGACACCCCAUCCAGCCCAGAUGGACUGUGCCAAGCUUCACUGCUGCUCCAAGGCAAACACGUCAGUCUGCAGGGAGAAAUGUCAGGAGAUCAGCACCCACUGGGGCAGCCAGACAUGGCAAGAUUUUGAUCAGCUGUGUGAGUACAACCCAAUGGAGAUGGAGCUCAUCAACUGUCUCGCAGAUGUCCGAGAGCCCUGCCAGCUGGGCUGCAAGGACCUGACCUACUGCACCAACUUCAACAACAGGCCCACAGAGCUGUUCCGCAGCUGUAACAUGCAGUCAGACCAAGGUGCCAUGAACGACAUCAAGCUGUGGUCAAACGGAACGAUCAAGAUGCCCUUUAUGAACAUUCCUGUCCUGGACAUCAGGAAGUGUCUACCGGACAUGUGGAAGGCUGUGGCCUGCUCUCUGCAGAUCAAGCCAUGCCACAGCAAAUCCAGGGGGAGCAUCAUAUGCAAGUCAGACUGUGUGGACAUUCUGACCAAGUGUGGGGACAAGAAACGCUUUCAUGAAGGACAAACCCCAGAGAGGCUCUGUGAGGUGCUGUCUCCCAUCGAUGACCCCGAGCGCUGCAUCCCACUCCACAGAUAUCUCACACCCAGUUCACUUGACAACACCAUAGUUGAGCAGAUCAUCCAUCCAUGCAACCCUAAUCCAUGUCCAAGCAACCACUUAUGUCAGGUUAACAGAAGGGGAUGUCUUGAUGAAACCAACUGUCAGCCAUAUCUCUGUGUGCCAGGUUGUAAAAUGGGUGAGGCUUCUGAAUUUCUGGUGCAGCAGAACGCUCUUAUCCAGGUUCCGAGACGUAACGGUGCUCCCGGUUGCCAUGAGAUGUGCAGCUGCGGCCCAAGUGGGCGUCUGGAGAACUGCUUGGAGAUCCCCUGUGUGGAAACAGACACGGGCUGCAUUGUGGAGGGGCAACGAAAGAAUCAUGGCACAACUUUCAGGACCAACUGCAACACGUGUUCGUGCUUCGCUGGAGAAACCAUCUGUUCUACCAGAAAAUGUCCCACAGAAAAUGACGAUUGGACGUUUGCUGAUCUUCCCUGUAACUGUCCAUAUCGCUACAUCCCAGUUUGUGCCUCCAAUGGGCGAACCUAUCCCAGUGGAUGUGUGGCUCGUUGUAUGGGAUUCAAAGACCAACAAUAUGUCUUUGGCCACUGCCAUUCCAGUAACCCUUGCACUGACGUAGUUUGCCAGAGAAAUCAGAGGUGCAUCCCGAGGCAUCGUGUUUGCCUGAGCAACUCUUCAGACUGUGCCCAGUAUGAGUGUGUCGGCCGACCGGCAGCCUGCGACAGAAACACCAUGGAGCCGGCCUGUGAUACAGACGGCCUGGUGCAUCGCAGUCUGUGCCGUCUGCAGCAGGCCGGGAAGAGGCUGGCUUACAUGGGACAUUGCCAAGAGGCCUGUAAGAAGACAAAAAAAGUUUGUGGUCACAAUGGUGAGACUUACAACACUGUGUGUGAGGCCUUCUCUGACCGUGUGGCUGUUGACUAUGAGGGCCCCUGUCGCGCCGUAGGGUCCCUGUCUGACAUGUCUCUAGAUUCAGUGUGCAGUGAGGUUUCCUGUCCACCGAUAUCAACUUUGGGCUGCCACCCCAUUACUCCACCUGGAUCCUGUUGUCCCAUAUGUGCCAGCAUGCUGCAGAUCCUCUGGAGCCAGAAGCAGAUGAACACUUUCUCAAAGCUGAAUAGGAACCAGCCCGUUGCAGUCCACAACGUCCUGCAGAUCCUGCGGCUUCACAUCUCUGUGCCACAGUGCGAUGUCUUUGGCUACCUGAGUAUUGACAACAGACUGGUGGUCCUUGUUGCCCCGGUGGACAUCCAGCCAACACCUCUACAGAUUGAGGCUUGCAGUAAGGAGGCCGAAAAGAUCGAUUCUCUCAUCAACUAUGCCAGCCCCACUCUGGUCUCCCAUGUCCCUCUCUCAGCCUUCCUCAGCGCUGAGAUCAGGACCUCCUCCAUCCAUUCUGGGUGCUCAUUACCUUCACCUGUCCCCCAUAGCCUCUGGUUCUUACUGGCUUUCAUCAUUACAGCAGCUCCCAGACUCCAGCAGCUUUAAGAGCUCUUUCACCCCAGGCUCUGUCUCACUAACUCUGUUUUCCAAAGUGCCCUAAUGCUGGGAGUGUUUGGGCUGCCAUGAAGCGAGACAAGGCAGCAAUUAUGACAAUCAUUCCUAUUGACUCUCCUGCGUUUUAAACAAUCAAGCUGGUGGAAAGUUAUUAUUUUAGACAGUUUAAAAAAAAAAAGUAUUAUUCAGCGAUGGGCUGCUCUCUGGGUUUCCCCCCAGUGUAGUGUGUGUUUGUGCUUGAAGAAAUAUUUAGCUUUAUACCAACAGUGUUAAUUCAGGGGCAAACUCUUUGAAAGGUGUUAAGGCUGAUGACUAAGUCUUUGUGUGUGUGUGUGUGUGUGUGUGUGUGUGUGUGUGUGUGUGUGUGUGUGUGUGUGUGUGUGUGUGUGUGUGUGUGUGUGUGUGUGUGUGUGUGUGUGUGUGUCUGACUGCAGCUCCAAGGCAGACAGUGGAAAAGUGCUCUCAUCUGGCAGCACAUCUGUCUGGCAAAUUAGUUCACACAGACACUGACAAACACUCACACAACAGGUCUGUGUUCACAGUGACUCAGACAUAGAGUCAAAUCGACAUUAUGUGAUUAAGCCUCAGUGUUGACCAGAUGUACAGUUUACAUGCCUGUGAGGUCCAUGUGGACUUCAUAUUAUUUGAACCUCGGCAGUGUUAAGGACAGAGUCAGGUCCAAUAAACUCGUCCAGCCUUUUGAAUCAGAUUCAGUUUCUGAUCAAACGUUUCUUGAAACUAUGGAAUGCCUAGAGUGCCACAAAAAUUAUGGAGCAUAUACACACAAAGUAAUAUGCAAGUAGCAAAAAAAUAAAGGAAUCCAAAAAUGUUGUUUUAUAAAAAUGUAUUAAAGUACAAAACUGUAAUUUCAUCAAUUACUCGUUUUAAUACAAACUUGCUAGAUUUUUUUUUUUUUUUUUUUGAUAGUUUUUAUCUUCCAAUUCUAGUUUUUUUCCUGAUCUACCUCCUUUUAUUUUACUUUGUCUUAUCUUUUCAUCCUCAUCUUGCACAGACCUUUCAGUUCAGAAGAACAAAGGCAAGACUGAAAAAAACAAACUAUAGAAAAGAAAUGUGUAAAAACAGAACUCAGUGAUGAUUAAAAAUAACGUAAAAAUCAAGAUGAGCUUGAGACGUGUAACAAGAUACAGAUAAAGAAAUAAACAAAAGAGCUAAAUUAAAGAAAAGAGCUAAAAUGAAAAUAAACUGAUAAAGUAAAGGGAUACAUAGUUUGCCAUAACAAUGUAAAAAAAAAAUUAUAAAUAUAACAGAUUAUGUAAGAUGAUGUCAUUUAAAUACACUGACAAACAAAGUAGAAUUCAUUGCUAUGUUAAGCUCCCAGAAGAUAUAAGGUGUAGUUUGGCACUCAUAAAGUAGUAAUGAUUUUAUUAAUGAUUUGAUUUGCGGGCUACAGGCCAACCCCAGUAAGAAUUAAAGUUCAACAGACACAGAGGAUGCCUCAUAGCUGGGUUAGACAGCAAUACCAGCAUCAUACUGAGGGUUAGCAUGAGGCUCGGUGGUUUUAUAAUGCUGCCCUAUAGCACAUGGAACAGCUUGUGAUAAUACUUAUUCUUUGUGUUGAUAUUCUAGACAUUUCUGCUCCUUGUAUAUUCAAUCAUUGAAAUACCCAUCACUGGGCUUAAUGAUUUCACAUCCAACCACGCCAUUCUUAAUUGGUCUGUAUCAAUUACUGUUUUACAUAUUUGUUAAGAAAAGAAAAAUCAGUCAUUCCAUUUUAUUGUCUUCCUAUUGCCUCAUAAGUAUUCACUUCUUUUAUUUUUGUCCUUUUAUAUAUAUUAAUUUAUUUCCAGGGUGCCAUUAUCACAUUUUAGUUUUUUUGUGGCACAACUGUUGUUCCAUACUAAUAUGAACUGAUCAGAAACUGCAGGUCCUGGUCUGCAACAGUUAUUAAGGUCACAGGAUACAUUUGGAGAAUGGAUCAAUGUUUCCAUGAUGACUUUGAGCUUUUCUUCAGAACAGACCUGCUAGAACUUCAUCUGAUGUGGGCUUAUAAAAUGUAAACACAAGAACGUCAUUCUGAAUGUGUGAAGGUACAUCAGUGAACUCUGAUUGUAAUUAAAGACUGUUUUAUUUUUUUAUGAGCACCAGUUCAAACAAAGGGCUUCCUCAUGCUCUGCCACGAGGUAUAUGAUCCACAGUAGCUCUUAAGGGAACUUUCUGUCUUUACAAACAUUAUGAAUGAAAGCCAUUAAAAUAACAUAAUGACAAUCAUCUAGUUCCUACCUACAGCAAAUGUGGGCUGGAGAAAAUUUUUUUUCACAGUAUGCCUUACAUGAAGUAUUAUUGAAGAUGCAAUAAAUUUAUAUUUGUUUAGAAAUGUCUCUAUAUUUAAUAUGGAUCUGACAUUGAUUUGUAAUAAUGUCCCAUGUGUGAAAAACCAACUGUUGUUUUUUUAUUAUUAUUGCAUGAAGAAGAUAUGUCUUUACUCCAGGUUUGUACUUCAGUGUGUGUUGUAUUGCCCCCUGUGUUUGUCUGUGUCUACCUGCACAGCACAAUGUGUCCCUAUCUCUAACAGUAUUACUGUGCUGGGCAGCUAUGUAGCAGGGAACCCUGACCAUGGCUCCUCCUUCUGUUACUGUUUGAAUUUUCAUUAUUAUUAUAUGAAGUUAUAAAUGUGGACCCUUAUGAUUUUAAUGACAAAUAUAUUGUUUAAGAUCAAUAAAUUCUAUCUUAUAUCACAAUAAAAAAAGAAAGUUCCCAUUUA